UUAGAUUCUUCCUCUUCAAUUUUUUUCUUUUAAAUUUCUCGUUGGCUCUUUUUGAUCUGGGAUUUCUGUUUAAUCUCCAAGUUGCAAUUUUUCCGGGGUUUUGGGAGGUGGGUUUUUGAAAGAUCGAAAAUUUGUGGGGUUGGACUGAGUUUUUCUCUCUCUCUCUAAUCUCUCACCAGCGAGAUGGGUUUCUUCUCCGAGGUUGUUGUUUGAUAAUUUUAGCUUCCGGGUCUCAGAUUUCGAAGAGAAUUCUUUAAUUUUGUUGAUUUCAUGGUUAGGGUUUUGUAUUUUCUCGCCUUUUCUUGUCGGGUUUUUUUCCUGGGAAAAUAGAAAUUGAGUAGUGUAACAAAAGUCUGGAACUUUGAAUCACGUAUCGAAAUGAUUGAUUCGAUUGUGUUUUCUUGUCCUCGACAAGGAAACAGAGUUUCAGUCUCUGUCUUCGCUCAUGGACACUUGGAACUGCUCGCCUGAUGGGAAAGGUGCUCUCUUUGCAAAUGAAUUCGACCUGUCUACUGAUUCAAGCGCUAGGAUGAGGAAAUUCACUCCUGAAUUGAACCAGAAACUCUCGAGUUUUAUGGCAAACGGUAUGUUCGUGUCGGAAUUCUCUGAUAGAGGCUUUUCCGACAUGGCUCCGAAGCAGUUUCAUGGUAAAUCCAUUGACUUCAGUGGUGAUUCCACUAGAAAGAUAGCUGCUUCUUCUCUGCUAGCUUCGAAUUUGUUGUCCGAGGAGAGCUAUUCCUGUUCGAAGUUUCCUAGUUUCUCUAGUCAGGACUGCUCUGGGAUAGAUUUAACACUAAGGAGUCAUAGGGAACACAAGAAUCCGUCGAAUGACGUGUUUGGGAAUGAUGCAUUGGUUAUAGCUUCUUCUGCGUCUCCAGCUAAGAAACCUCGAGCAGCAAGUUCGUGUUUGCAGCGACCGUUGUGUCAAGUGUUUGGCUGUAACAUGGACCUGAGCUCUUCUAAAGAAUACCACAGACGGCACCGAGUUUGUGAGGCUCAUUCGAAGUUUCCCGUGGUUGUAGUUGAUGGAAUGGAGCAGAGAUUUUGUCAACAAUGCAGCAGGUUUCAUAAGCUUACUGAAUUUGACGAAAGAAAGAGAAGUUGUCGUAGACGUUUGCUUGGUCAUAAUGAACGUAGAAGGAAGCCUUCGGUCUAUUUGGUCCCGGGUAAAGGCCAUGUAGUUUAUCGUCCAUCUAAAGGGACCAAAUUUCUUCAAACUUCAAUGGCAAAGCACCUGUCUUUGGAUUUGCCCGAGACAUUUCCCGGGGGUCUCGUAUACAGAGUGAUGGAUUUGCAAACCCACCGUGUGGGUAGGCAUGUGAAAUUCGAAGACGGAUAUGCGAAUAGUCCUCAAACUUCAAUCCACCCUUCCAAUGGACAGGACAGUAUACCUUUGUCUGAAGUUACUACUGUUGCAUCGGCUUCUGACUGGGAGUUGCAAAAGGUGUCGGGCUCUAGUUGUGCUCUCUCUCUUCUGUCAGCUCAAUCAUCGCAACACUUUUCAGGAACUCUGAGCUCAAGCUUCUCCUUCGCUCAAGCCAAUGGAGACAAGGGUCUGAGAAAUGGUAUAGGAGUUCAUACAGCCAGAGCGGAAUCGACACAGAACGAUCAGAUGCAAUCUUUGGUCGUAAACUUGGGCAAGAACGGUCAGUUCUUGUCUGGAUCGGGCCACGGGUCUUGUUUAUCUCUUGGAACAGGUUCAUCUACCGUGGAUCUUCUCCAGCUAUCGUCCCACCUUCAAAGAGUGGAGCAACAGAGGAGCUCCAAUCAGGCGAACCGCCAUGGAUAUGAAGGUCUACCCUAUUUUCUUGGCCUCUAAUAAGCCAGAUUCUUCAUUCUUGUCCCUUGAGUCUGGGGUUGGAUCUUGUCGGAUCAAAGUUUGUGCCUUUGAUGGUUUUCCGCAUCUGGGUUUUUAUGAUCCAUCGUAAGGUUAGUGGGUUAGAAUGCGAAGCAAGAAUUUGUAUUCGUAUUGUCCGUUCCAGACACCGGAUCAUGGUGCAGAAGAUGGCCCUGUUUCAGUUGUAGAGUUGCAGCC